AUGGAAAAAGGGAAAGAACACUCAUCUCUGCUAAUACCAUGUAGCUUAAAUCUCCCAAUCACGAAUGCUGGUUACCCGACUCCUCUCAUGACUACAAGCUCCGUUACGAGCAGAAGGGUUGAGAACAUAGAGGAACCACCUGAUUGUAGGCACAAUGAUAUUCCAUGUACCUCUUCUAGAGUAGAAGAAAGUAAAGAAGAUACACCAGACUCACAGGAAACUGAGGAUGGCAUUGCCGGGAAAUCUCAGUUAGAUGAUGUAGUUGAUGGUGAUACGAUUGAGGAGCCAAAGUCGGGGAUGGAGUUUAAUUCUUUUGAAGAAUUAAUGAAUUAUUAUAAGCAGUAUGCUAAGAAAUGUGAGUUUGAGGUGAUGACAAGAAGGACUAAGAAGAGGGAUGAUGAGACUGUUCGAUAUGUCACCCUUGGUUGUGCCCGUGGUGGGAAGGCCCGGAAUAGGAUGUUGAAUGUCGCCAGACCACGUCCGACAGGAAAAAUAGAAUGUAAGACAAAGAUUAAUGCCUUAAAAGUUGAUGGAAAGUUCCGACUGACAAUAAUUCAUAAUAUCCAUAACCACAAUCUCAGUCCAAAGAAAUCUCACUUCUUUCGAUGUAAUAGAGAAGUGAGUGACUCCGUAAAAAGAGUCUUAGAUAUCAACGAUGAAGCUGGCAUCCGAAUGAAUAAGAGUUUCGGAUCUCUCUUCGUUGGCGCUGGUGGAUUUGAGAACCUUCCAUUUUUGGAAAAAUAUUGUCGGAAUUAUAUCAACAAGGCAAAACAUCUACGACUUGGGAAAGGUGGUGCUGGAGCACUUCAAGAGUAUUUUUGUAGGAUGCAGUGCAAAAAUUUAUGUUUCUUUGUACUGAUGGAUUUGGAUGAUGAAGGGAGAUAUGAGAUGCCAUUUGCACCAUUUGUUGGUGUAAACCACCAUAGGCAAUCAAUUCUGUUGGGAGCAGUAUUGAUUUCCAGUGAGGAUAUGGAGACGUUUGUGUGGUUAUUCCAAACCUGGUUGAAGUGUAUGGGUGGUAUAGCUCCGAAAGCUAUUAUCACCGAUCAGGACAGAUGGAUGAAAAAUGCAAUUGCUGUUGUCUUCCCAAAAAGUCAACAUCGACUUUUUUUGUGGCAUAAACUGAAAAAAGUCCCUGAAAAGCUUUCCUCCUAUGCUUCCUACAAAAGUGGGAUGAAAAAUGCGUUGAUGAAAUGUGUUUAUGACACCCAAAGUGUUGAAGAGUUUGAGAAAUCUUGGGAUCAGUUAAUCACCACUUACAACUUGCAUGAGAAUGCCUGGUUGAAAAGUUUAUACACUGAGCGUGAGCAUUGGGUGCCGGUCUUCUUGAAAGAGUGUUUUUGGGCUGGAAUGAGUACAACACAAUGCAGCGAAAGUAUGAAUGCUUUUUUCGACGGUUAUGUUCAUGCUAAGCCAAACUUAAAAAGAGUUUGUCGACCAGUUUGA